UGAGUGAAGAUACGCUGAGUGAUCUUUUAUUACACAUCCUGUUAAAUUUCACUUUUAGUCUGAUAAUCUAAACACACACAACAUGCUUCAAAGUUUGUUUGGAGUUUUUUAUCUCUCGGUGCUUUCUCAGUUAGUGACUCUCACAGGUACACAAAGUGAAUGUCCUAUAAAGCUCAAGCCACCGAGUGUUGUUGUGGAGUACGGCAGCUCUGUUUCAGUGGAUUGUAGCACUGAUGUCACACCUGAUGGGAUUGGCUGGGAAGCCCCUGAAGGAUCAGUACCCAAGACCACAGACAAACUGAUCACCUGGAGAGUGUCUAACCUGAGACAAUGGGACAUACGGCCAGUGUGCUACAUAAACUACAAUAGGACAACACAGUGUGAAACUUCUCUCCCAAUCACAGUUUACAAGACUCCAGAUAGUGUCUCCAUCAACACAGUGAAUCGACUAAUGGAGGAGUACUUCCAAUAUGAGUUUCAGUGUAACAUUGUGAAUGUGGCUCCUUUUAAAAGUCUCAUUGUGACAUGGUUUAAUGGAGAGACAGAGGUGUAUACUGAGACUUUCAAUGACACCACCAAGGACACCAUCAAGACUCCCGUGAAUGUUACAUCUACACUUGAGAUCACUGCAGUCAGAGAUGAUGAUGGAGCUCAAUACAGAUGUGAAGCAGAACUGGAACUGGGAGCAGAUGGACCUCAACCUCCUCCUAAAAUUACAUCAAAACCUAUUCAGAUUACAGUAUUGUAUUCACCAGGACACAUUGAUUUAGUGGAGAUCAUCAACAAAACAGAUGGAGACGUCACUCUGAACUGUACAGUACCAGCAAAUCCACCUGCUACUUACUCCUGGUACUCAGAGCAUUUGACAGGGCGAAGAAAUUUACCAGUGCUCUCAUCCUCUACACUGACUCCAGGAAAAUACAUAUGCACUGCUACAAACACUCUAGGAAACUCCGACAAAGUGUUUAUCGUCAAUUUUGCAGGAAGUCUCCACACAUUCAUGGGUUCUCUUAUUUUCCUACUGCUGCUGCUUGCUUUAGGGAUUGUCGUGUGAGGAAGAUACAAAUGAAUAGUCCUGAAAGUUUUCUUCCUCUUCUUUUUAAAAAUAAAUGUUGAAAAUAAAUUAUUAUUCUGUAAAUCGCUAGUUUUGGUUUUAUUUUUAUUAUAGAAAUUCACUUUCUUGCUUUAAGAUCACUGAAUGUUUUGCAUUGAAGUCUUGUGAAUGUGUAACACUGUAGCAAUUAUUUAUGACCUAAGCAAUGUAUUGCAUCAUUUUUCUGUUCCUUAUAUCGGCCUACCAUGUCAGGAGUUUGAUCCACACUUGCCUCACAAGAGCCGUUGAGAAAAUGAGUUGUGUGACACACCUUGAUCUUGCACUGUUCAAAACCUGGAGUUUGGACUUGCAGCAUCAAUGAAUAUAAGAAUAUUUUAGCCU